GAGAGAGAGGAGAAAGGGAGGGAGAGAAAGGGAGGGAGAGAGAGAAGAGGAAGACCGUGAGCGCGCGCAAGCUAGCUAGCAAAGCCGAGAGACAGACAGAGAGACCAGGAGAGAGACACAGAGAAAGAAGAAGCCGAGCUCUGGUAGGGCUCAGCCUCCAACUUGUUUCACUUCAUUCAUCCUUUUCUCCUCUCUGCUUCGGGGAAGUGACUGUGGUUCUCGUCUCUCCUGAAGUUCCUGCCUAGGAAGAUGAUAAUCCCACAAAUGUGGCACUUGUACAUGACCAGAGUUGCACUUCUUUUCCUGAUUAAUAUUCUGCCUGGAACCACUGGCCAAGGGGAAUCAAGACGACAAGAACCAGGGGACUUUGUGAAGCAAGACAUUGGCGGACUCUCUCCCAAGCAUGCUCCAGAUAUUCCUGAUGACAGCACUGAUAACAUCACCAUCUUCACCAGAAUCUUGGAUCGCCUUCUUGAUGGCUAUGACAACCGGCUGCGACCUGGGCUUGGAGAUGCCGUAACUGAAGUGAAGACAGACAUCUAUGUGACCAGCUUUGGCCCUGUGUCUGACACUGACAUGGAGUAUACUAUUGAUGUAUUUUUUAGACAGACAUGGCACGAUGAAAGACUGAAAUUUGAUGGACCCAUGAAGAUCCUUCCAUUGAACAAUCUUCUGGCUAGCAAGAUCUGGACCCCUGAUACCUUCUUCCACAAUGGCAAGAAAUCAGUGGCUCACAAUAUGACCACACCCAACAAACUGCUCAGACUGGUAGACAAUGGGACCCUUCUCUAUACAAUGAGAUUAACAAUCCAUGCCGAGUGUCCUAUGCAUUUAGAAGACUUUCCCAUGGAUGUGCAUGCCUGCCCACUGAAAUUUGGAAGCUAUGCCUAUACCAAAGCUGAAGUGAUUUAUUCUUGGACUCUCGGGAAGAACAAAUCUGUGGAAGUGGCACAGGAUGGCUCUCGCCUGAAUCAAUAUGACCUGCUUGGCCAUGUUGUUGGGACAGAGAUAAUCCGGUCUAGUACAGGAGAAUAUGUCGUGAUGACAACCCACUUUCAUCUGAAGAGAAAAAUUGGCUACUUUGUGAUUCAGACUUACUUGCCAUGUAUCAUGACUGUCAUUCUGUCACAAGUGUCUUUCUGGCUUAACAGAGAAUCUGUGCCUGCACGCACGGUCUUUGGUGUCACCACAGUUCUCACCAUGACCACUUUGAGUAUCAGUGCCAGAAACUCCUUACCUAAAGUGGCAUACGCGACGGCCAUGGACUGGUUCAUAGCCGUCUGUUAUGCCUUUGUAUUUUCUGCACUGAUUGAAUUUGCCACUGUUAACUACUUCACCAAGCGGAGUUGGGCUUGGGAAGGCAAGAAGGUGCCCGAGGCCCUGGAGAUGAAGAAGAAAACACCAGCAGCCCCAACAAAGAAAACAAGCACCACCUUCAACAUCGUGGGAACUACCUAUCCUAUCAACCUGGCCAAGGACACUGAGUUCUCCACCAUCUCGAAGGGCGCUGCUCCCAGUGCCUCUUCAACUCCGACCAUCAUUGCUUCACCCAAGGCUACCUAUGUGCAGGACAGUCCUGCUGAGACCAAGACCUAUAACAGUGUCAGCAAGGUUGACAAAAUUUCCCGCAUCAUCUUUCCUGUCCUCUUUGCCAUAUUCAAUCUGGUCUAUUGGGCCACAUAUGUGAACCGAGAAUCGGCUAUCAAGGGCAUGAUCCGCAAACAGUAGAUAGUAGCGAUGGUACAGCAACCAGAGCACUGUAUACCCCAUGAUGCAUCCAAGCACCCAAACCCCAGGGCUUCCCUUCAUGUGUUUCAGAAUUCUUAUUUUUAACCCUAUUCCCAGUUGUGACUCUCAGUUCAUAUUUCUGGACCCUAAUGAAAAUGUAACAACAGAAAAAUUACUUGCCCCUUGACCAUUGCUUAGUAUAUCCCAGUCAGAGCCAAACACUGCCAUUUGUGCAGUUGCUCAUCUUAGUCUGCCAGUCGUCCCCCGCUGAAGGCAUUGCAUGUGUUAAUUGCACUCUGCCUACUGCAGAAAGAACUGGAUACUUCUCUUCCUAUAGUGGAAGCCUUGGCUAUGUGCAGUUCUGGUUGGAGAAAUCCAGGAUCAUUAUUGACUGGGCCACACUGAAUGAAUCUGACUCACUAUGGAGUCAGGAUAGGCUAUCCCAUAUGAUCCUAUCUGCUGUCUCCCACACCCACAGCAGGGUCUACUAUGUAUACAAACUGGUAGAAAAGGCAGAAGCCAGUGCAAACUUCUGAAAUGACCUCUAAACUCUUUCCUUGGAGGUUAGUGGGGACAAUUGAGGCUCAAUUCUGUCAAUCAUGUAGGAUCAAAACAAAUAGAACUAGCCGGGUCAUCCUUGUAUCAUGACAGCUGGCACUCUCCUAGUUCCAGGCCCUCAGGAAUGUAGCAUCUCAAUACAUCUGUCCUUCAGAAAACUCCUCUUCAGUUAAAAUCUUUAAGCCCCUUAUUGCCAUCUGGGCACUGCUUAGUUGGAAUUCAUUGCUGCCUGCAAAUUCUUCUGGAAAAAAAUAGAUCAGAUAAUGUUUAGUUAAAUUAAAAAGGUGCAAAGAGACACAAGAUGAUCUAAGUCAAAUGCCUACACAGAUCUUUCUCAAAGAUUGGAAAAAAAAAACAACCUCACCUUUGUGCCAAGGCAACUAGACAAGCAGCCCGAGAUCAGUUAAGAGCUGAAAUCGGCCAGGCUGAUCUCAGUUCCAGGCCAGCUGGGGCUACUGGGAAACCCUGCCUCAAAAAAGACAAAACAAAACAAAACAAAACAAACAAAAGCAACAAAAAAAACAGAGCUGAAAUCUCUGGCUGGCAAAAGUCAAACCUUUCCUUCUGUAUUGUCCAUACUGUACCCCUUUCUCCAGGCCCAGGCACUUUGCUCCCACCAUGUAAAGGACCUUUUAUCCACUGUGGAUGCCAGUUCUUAGGAGAGGUGAAUUACAGAUUCAUACAAAUAUCUCUACUCAUUUUUGAAUCAGUUAAAUCAUUAACUUCAUGACCAAUUUUAUGAUGUAUUAUUUAGAGGCCAUUUGAUCUUGUUUGUCUUUAAAUGUGAGUAAAAGGAACAGGAACAAACACCCAAUUUUUAUAAGGCACAUAGGCUGAGAUCCAAAAGUUUGAAUAAUUUGUCUCGGCUUCUUAGAAGUGUCUUUACUAAAGAGCUAUCCUGUACCCCUUUCCAAAGGUUGUAAUGAAGAAAAGACCAAGAUGUCACAGUCACUUUAACCUUACAGUCAGCACAAUCUCAGAAGGCCUGUGUCAUGAAGACAGUUUGAACACUAAAAAGUCUUUAGAGAGUUAACAACGUUAACAUUGGAUCUGAAUAACUCAACUAGUGCAGAGCAUCUUACAAGUCCAAGGUAAAAGCACAGAUAGCACUACAAGUGGAAUCUCCCUGCCCAGCCACUGAGCGAAGCUCCCAAGGGGUGUGUCAUUAGCUGCUGGUUGCCUUUUCACCCAUCUUUUCCUCUCCCAUGCUUCCUUGCCAUUGCUGGGAUAAUGCAUGCCAGUCCCAUUAUUCCUAAGACUGUGUCUGUAGGUAAAUUAAUGACUAGAAGAUUGUCGUCUUGUGGAUUAUGUGGGGAUGGGGGUGGGGUGGGUGGGGCUGUUAAUGACCGUCUUAAGGGAUUAUAGAAUGGAAGCCUGACCUUUGCCUCUCUGUAGAAAUUGUGUUUUCAAAUGCUUUGGUGCAAUGUUUAGUGGCUGUUUAUUAAACCCUUUCUGAAUUGUA